GUCCUACAUAAAGUUCCACCAGAUUAUAUGAAUCUCAGUGUGUUUGGUUGUCUUGCUUAUGCAACUAUUGUAGAGGGUCAUAAGUUUAAGUUUGAUCCCAGGUCCAAACAAUGUGUUUUUCUAGGUAUCCCUAAUGGAAUCAAAGGGUACAAAUUGUUAGAUCUUGAUACAAACAGGGUCUUUGUCAACAGAGAUGUUGUCUUUCAUGAGCAGACUCUGCAUCACACUCUUCUUCGGCUCCUUUUUCUUCUUUUUGUCGAGAAGAAUCUUCUCAUCUACCUUUGAGCCUGAUUUGACAUAAUAUCAUUCUCCUUCUGUAACCACAAUCCCCUUUGCCAAUCUCUCAUUCUCCUGCUGCCUUAGAUACUUCAGACAGAAGUUCUUCUUCUUUUGAUUUAUCUGACACUCCUGCUUCCUUUUCUCCCUCACUAGUACCGAAAUCAACAAAGCAAGUAUUUUUUUUUCCUAAGAAGUAUGAUGAUUUUUAUGUGGGCUUGAAUUAAGUCAGUUAUGGUCCCACGCAGAUUGUUCCUCCAUAUUUGGCUCAUCUUUCACCACAACAACAACACUUCGCUAUGAUACUUGCAGCGGCCUUUGGACCUUCUUGUUAUGCUGAGGCUGCUCAAGAUCCUAGAUGGAAUGCAGUCAUGAUAGAGGAAUUGAAAGCACUGUCUGGUAAUGAUACUUGGGACAUUACUGACUUGCCAGGGGUAGUUAAGGCAGUUGGCAACAGAUGGGUGUUCAGGAUAAAGUAUAACCCUUAUGGUUCUAUUGAAAGAUACGUUUAGUUGCUAAGGGAUAUACAAAGGUGUAUAGAAUAGAUUACUAGGAUACUUUUUCCCAUGUAGCUAAGUUAACAUCUGUUCCAUGAUUCCAACAAUCCUAAUUGCCCAUAGGUACUGCCACUGACUUAUUUUGAUACGACAAACCUAUUAGUGCAUGUUCCACAUCUUAGUGCAUGUUCCACCUCUCAAAUUUUUCCCAUGACAGUACCCGUUUGACUGGGUUUUCACUUCUAACUAGAAUCAAUACCCACGGCUACGCCGCGGGAACUUAAUUUAUAACAACAUGAUCAUAUGGUAGCUAGUUUAGGUGACGACUAAUUGGUGGUCGUUGUGCUACUGACUACGAUGUGAGUUUAAAAGUUCUGAAUGUGCCAAAGUUUAUGAAAUCAUUUUGAUAUCAUUUAAACUAAAAUAGGAAGAUUAUCAAGUAAACAUCGAAAAACUAUAUGGAUGCACCUAUGACUUGGUAAAUCCAAUUCCUCUUGUUGAAAUUCUGAUUAUUGAACAAAUUAAACAUGUUUUAUUCAUUAUAAAAGGAAAAUGAACAGGACGAACGAACAAACAAACAAAGACAACAAAAUAUUAAAAACAGUUGGUCAAUGGAUCUCUUCUUCACCUUCAUAAUUGGUGUGACUUGUUUCAUUUCAUAGCAUUCUCUGUGUGCUUGGGAGCUUCCACCUGAAUUUGUCCUUAUUAAGCUCAGUUCUGAUUUUAAACCUACCUAGAAACCUAUUCAAACUGCAACAGCCAGGAAUAGCCAUACAUUAGGCAACAUUAAAUCCAGAACUGACAACAUAAGAAUUUAAACAUCUGCCUUUAAGCAAGGGAAACUCAAAACUCGAGCUUGGCCUUCAAUACCUAACAUUAAGAUUUUGCUGGCAAUUCUCCGAACAGAAAUCAAGCGAAAACCUCAAAUUAGAACUGUAUGAAACUUCUCUUAGGGUCGCGGGAAUCCUAUUGCUUACCAUUUCCCUGCCUCUCGGUUUGGAAGUCGAGAUAGGCGGAAGCUUUUGAUCCAAAGGCAUGCUGCUACUUACCAUUUCCUACUUCUCUGUUUGAAACUCGAGAGGUGGAAGCUUUUGAUCCAAAGGGAUCAAAACUUGUCGUAGGCCAUUAAGUACGGCUUAAAUGAUGUUCAACUUCCCUACAAAAAAUCUUAAUCCCAUUUUGGGCAUAAGAAUCACAUCGAGGCGGGCCAAACAACUAUGAUGAUUGUCAAAAGUAACAAACCUGUGAAUAUGAGAAUCAAAAUCUCCACCAGUCAAAGAUGAAGAAGCAGAAAAAGUGUCGGUGGUUGAGCAUGAAUACUCUAUGGAUAAAUCAAAUGAACUGGUGGAUGGUGUGAGCAGAUCAAGCUUCUCUCACUUCAACCUUUGAACCAGCUUAUUGUAACUUUGAUAUUAAAAAAAAAGACUAAUAAUUGUUCAUCAAAUCAAAAGUUAGGUAUGCUUGUUGUUAUUACCUCAACCUGCCAUCAUCAAUUGCAAAGAAAAGCCGCAAAGAUACAUAUCAAACUACCUAGCAACCUUGAACCAAACUUCAACCCAUAUGCAUAGUUUGUCUAAUUUCAACAAUUCUUAAAUCACUCCAGAAUCUUUCAGCUACCUCUUCAAUCUCAUAAAGCUCAAGAAUCAUA